UAUUUUUAAACACCUACACACACAUAGGAUUUUUAAUUUAAAAAACUAUUUAUUUUAUAUACAUAGCUCUGCAAUUUGCCUUUUUUAACAUAAUGGCAUAUUAUGGACAUCCCCUUUCAGGCCCCUAUUCAUAGAACUAACUCAUUCUUCAUCAUAAUAUGUAACAUUUUACUGUAUGAAUGAAUCAAAAUCUGUUCAACCAUUUUCCUAAUGAUGAAAAUUUAGGUGUUCUCUUGGUUUUGAUUUUUAUUCAUUUUGGGUUUUUUGACAGGUAGAUAAUUUUUCUUAGCUGGGAUUAUAAGAUAUAAAACAUAAAACUAUAUAAUAUUGAAAGAAAAUUGUAACUUCAGCCUGAGGGAAACUUUCUUAAGCAAUACAGAAAACACAGGUAGUGAAUUACAAGAAAAGAUAUGUGUAUUGUAUUUAACUAAUAAAUACAAUUGUAUAUUUUCCUCAUGGGAAAAAACGUAAGAGCCAAGAGAAAAACAAUAACCUGGGAGAAAACACUGUUAAAAUAGAAAAGAGAAGACGAGGGGUUAGUAUAUAGAGAAAGCUCCUAAAAGUUAAUAUUUUAAAAGUGCAAAUAUACUAGGCAAUUCAUAGAAGAGGAAAUAUGAAUGACAACCAUAUGAAGAGAUCCUCACCCUCACUAGUCAUGGGAAUACAAAAUAAAAGAACAGCAAGAUCUUAUUUUUCAUCCAUCAGAUUGGCAAAAAUGUAAAAGACAGAUAAUGGUGCUUGGCAAGUGCAUAAAGAAAUGUACACUAUGAAGCAUUCUUGCUCAACAUCUGAAUCUCAACCAUCUUUUCAGAGAGCAAUCUGAUAAUAUAUGGUAGAAAAAAAUUUUUAAUGUUCAUAUUCUUUGACCCAGCAAUUCAAUUUAGAAAAAAAUAAUCUGAAUAUAUAGUCUUUAGUGUCUCCCUAUGUCUCUUCUUUCUUUUCCUCUCUUCUCGCUAGUACAUCUCAGUAAACUGUCUCAUUUCCCAAACAUCUGGACUCUCAUGUCCAAGCCUUCCGCCACCUCCAAUAGACUCUUAGCCAACCAAAGCUAGUGCCUGCAAUGCGGGGAUGAUCUUGGAAACCUGGAAGGCCUCAUCUAGGAGUCUCUGUGUGCUUUCAGGAAAGUGAGGCCAAGGACUUCAGCAGAACCAACAUUUACUUCAAGUUCCUGGUGUUUCUAACAAUGUGCAGGAUGCUGAUGGCACCUGGUAGAGGCUGCUUUGCCAUAGCCAUUCUGCUGGCAAUCGUGGACAUCCAGUUUGGUGGAUGCAUGCACAUCCUCAGCUCAACUUCCCAAGAAGGAAAGCGACUAAGCUUGAUCUGUACUGUGUGGCAUACAAAAGAAGAGGCUGAGGGGAUUAUAGUGUUUUUGUGCAAGGACAGGUUUUGGGACUGCUCCCCUGAGACAAGCUUGGAGCAACUGAGACUUACACGGGAUCCUGGGAGAGAGAGUGCCAGUGAAAGAUCAUCUCAGUUGGUGUUCACCAUAGACCAAGCCACACCAUUGGACAGUGGGAACUACCAGUGUUGUGCAAGAAGCCAGAAGCCAGAUAUCCGCCUGCAGGGCCAUAUUUUCACCGUUUUAGUCACAGAGACAGGAAACUACACAGUGACAGUGAUGGGACUGAAACACCCCAAGUUCAGCCACAGUAAAGGUGCUCUCAAUUUAGGCUUUCUGCAAGAAAAGGUCUCAGUGAUGCUGGUCACCAGCUUGGUAGCCCUUCAAGGUAUGUUCAAAAAAGCCUUAAUCACCCCAAGCAAUGAAGGUGCUGUACCUUUGACAUCUUGGUUAUUCUCCAGGAAAGGGGUGGAAAGCCCAGAGUGGGAAGGGGAAAAGCUAAUGGUCCUGGUGAGCCAUAGGAAAACAUCAAACAAAUGUGAGGGAAAAAUUGGUCCAAAGGGACCAAAGACAUUACUAAUGAGGGAAAGUUGGAUGAAUCGUAUGUUCCAUUAGAUAGGUCAGACCUAUUAGGAAAGUAAGCCUCUGGGACAGGCAAGUAAAUGCAGCCUUCUCUACUCACUGGAUGACCAGAGGGCUACAAGUUGAGGCAACAGAUGUUUGCCUGUUAUGUGAAAAUGAACAAGACAAGAGACAAACUUGGUCUUGAGGUGGGUUUUAAACAAUGUAGCUCCUCAGCAAAGGCUGAGGACCAGAUUAAGUAAAUUAAAUACUUGUAGCUGAGUCCUCUGAGUAUUCACCAAUAUAGAUCAAGGUUUUCCUUCUAAGAGACUGGAACUUGCAAUGAUUUGCCAUUAUGUUUUUGCAUAAUCAGUAACUGAUGCAUAUUUUUUUGCUCCUCCUUGGCACUUAAUUCCAUUUCAUUGAGGCUUUGUGCUAAUCAAUAACUAGCACUGUUGAGUGCUACCAGAAUGAAAGUGCAGGGACUUUGUCUUGUUUACCCCAACAAAAAGACAGUACCAGGUACAUAGUAGGCUCUUAAUAUGUUUAAAGAAUUUGUGUAAUGAGUAAGACUUUACAUAUAGUGAUUUCUAACCUCACACAAGCAUUCCAAGUAAAUAUUCUCUCAUUACUCAUCAGGAAAUGGGUGCAAAGAGGUUAACACUGCCCCAGUCCACCAGGAAUUAACACAGGACCUUCUCACUCUAAAACCUUGCAUUCUCAGUAACUACCUACUAUUUACUAAGCACCUUCUCUCUCCACUCCUUCAGCACCCUCCCCAUUUAAGACUGCCUCCUCCCACUUCCAGGACCACCUAACAUUCCCUAUUUCAGCCCCUUAUCUGCAAACAAUUUAAAACAGAAUCGUUAUCUGUGAUCCUUAACACCUGCCAAAUUAAACUUAAUGCCAGUGUUUAGGAGGAAACUGGUGAGUCAUCAAGGUGUCUGACCCUUGAGAUAUUCUUUACUGAAUCUAAAUCCCCUCAUAUAGUUAGGCUUCCCUGUUAAAUUUUAUUUCUUCGUACAGAAUAAGAACUCUGAAGACCAGAGGAAAUUGAACCUAAGUCACACGAUCUACUACCACUUACUACCUUUGACUCCCACGUAACGCUAGAGCAGAAUUAUGUUAAGCUCUUUUUACCUUUCCCAACCAGGUGAGGAGAAGAAGAUCUUUUUGAUAGUUCAUUUUCUUUCUCCUCCUACUCAAGGUUUAGGAGAAUUAUGGAAAAUGUAGUGUCCAGUAGAAAAGUAUGUUUUUUCAGGCCCAGAUCAACUUCUCACAUGUGACAAAAAGAAUGAGGUAGUUUCCUGGAUCCGUUUCCCUCAGAGCUCAUGAAACUAAUUUCAGUGAAUAUCUGCCCUACCAUCAUGCCAACCAUUCAGUGCUAUACAUGGAAAAUCAACCUUGAACCUCUGUAGUGGCAUCUAUUUUUUCUUUGACUGUCCUACUUUCCAGCAAAGACAGAUCAAAGGUUGAUUCCUCCCCACUUCCACCAUAAGUUAGAUUUGCCAAAUCUUGUAAGACCCAACACAUAUAUUACAUUCCCUCCUUCUUUCCUUUUCUAUACCCUCUCUAGUCAUGAGGACUUAUCAACACAUAUCCCAAGAUGAAUUUCAUCAAGUGUUUUGUUGAUUGCUACUCUAGGUUGUGUGACAAUAAUACAAGCUUUCCUUUUUCUUUCCAUAGUUUUAUGAGCCUUGUCCCAGAGGAAACUUAAAAAUUUACAGCAAGAUAAAUCUCACUCUCUUUAGCUUGGUAUCUUUCACAUUACAAUAUGCACAAAGAAGAAAACAGUCACAGGAGAAAAGAUGCUAAAUAUGCCAAGCAUCUGGGAAAAGACAAGGUGGGGUAAAUGAAUGUAUACUUUGACCUGCCCUCUUCAUUGCCAGAGCAAACCUGCCUCUCUUCCCACUUCAGCCAACAGCAAAUAAAAAGAAAAGCCUUCACAAAAGUGGCUGGUGUACAGUUCUCAUUCAAAUAUUGGAUAAGCAUAUGUGUUUUUGUACCCUGGAAGAAUUUUUCCUCCCUCCCCUCCAACACAAUAAACAAGCAAGUCAAACAAAAUGAGAACACCAAUUUUUUUGAAAGAAAUUUUUAUUUAACACUGUAAAACUGAAGAGAGGAAACAAGCAAAGAUAGGUAAGAGAGGAGAGGAAGAGAGCCAGACCCAACGACUGAUAUGGCAUGAAAAAGGAAAUGAAGAGAGACCUUGGUGUUCAACAGCGUACACAAGGCACUGCUGGAAGAAGAGAAGAUUUGAGCA